AUGACUGAAGGGGCUUCUUUGCAGGAACAAUUACUGGACGCUGCAAGACGAAACAAUGUUGAUUUAUUAGAAACUGUGUUCCAAGAGCUUGGAUCCGACGAGAAAAAGAUUGCAGAUUUGAUCAACACCUCUUGUGACCCUAUGGGCAAUACAGGCCUUCAUCUGUGCUGCCAGUACGGAUCGUGGGAUGUUCUGGACCAAAUUCUUGAUCAGGAAGGUGGUAUCGAGAUUGAUCCUCGUAACACACUGGAUGGUGACACACCGCUUCAUACAGCAGUGCGUUAUACAUCUGUAGAGCCGGAACAUGGAACAUUUAUCGCGCAAAAUCUGGUGCAGGUUGGUGCUGACCCUAGGAUCUUGAACAAAGCUGGCCAAAAACCACUUGAUCUCGUUCACGGUCCAGACCUCGAAAAUCUCAUUGACAUAUUGCAAGGAGCGGAACUUGCAGCAGACAAUCAACACCUGGUGAAUGAGGAAGACGCGGAACUGAUAGACGACGGACCGGAAGACUAG